CACAACAGUAUUACACGUGAUUUGUACCGUAUAAAUGUUGGCAAUGCUAUUCUAUCUGCCUCUUGUUUUCGACAGCGUCGUCUGUGAACGAUCAUGAAGGCUGUGAUCUGUUUGAUGGUCCUUGGCUUCUGUGCUGCUGUCAUGGCCGAGCAGUGCCGAAACAUUCAAGAUUGUGGCCACGUGACCUGUCCGGAGAAUGACUACGUCUUGGAGUGCCAUAACUACGUGUGCACAUGCACCCAUGUGGAAAAGACUUGCGCCGCCGCUGCUGACUGUACCGGAGAUUGUCGAUUUGGGUGGCACUGCGUCGACUCUAAGUGCCGAUGUGGAUGGGGUAUCGGCGGAAAAUAAGCGACCUUAACUCACGUCUAGUUGUUGUUAUAUGCAAUUGUUUCGAGCAAUGUAAUUAUUAAAUGUUUCGA